AUGGCAGCUAUUUCUUUCAACCAGAUUUCUUCCGGACCAGCUCACCCGUGUCUGGCUGAAAUUCACGAAGCACUUCGUGUCCCCUCUCCAAUUCCCAGUAGCGAUUGGGAUUGCUCAGACUACGAUCCCAGCCUUGUCUCUAACUCUCGUCAUGCUACUCUGAACACUCGUCGCUUUAGUCCGCUUUCGUCUAGUGGGCUUUUGGAUACCCCGUCUAUUCAUUCUACUGGCAGCUCUAGUUGUUUCCCCUUUGAUUGUGCUUCAUUGCACGCUAACGAAACAUCGUCGAACGAUCACUCUCUCGUCACGCCUAGUGAGUCAAUUGCUGAACAGUCAUCUCAAGCAAGUAUCCAUGAGACAACACCUAUUGUGCAGUCUCCCGUGGAGCGUGAUGACAAUACUAGCAUGAACGAAGUUUCUCUUAACGCUGUUUCUACAGAAAAUAGAUCUGAGGCCGAUGUCCUCCGUGUGUAUAAUGCCGAAUCGGCCGACGGACAAGCGUCGCACGAGUCGGUUACCGAUACGGCAUCUAUAAGCGCCGAAAACAAAAUCGCACAUUCAUCUUCUAUUCAAGAUCGAAUCGGUACCUAUGUGGACGAUGCUGAUGACGACAGUAGCUACAGUGACAGUACUGUUGAUGGUGCCGCGCUCCCUACCCAACACCCCAACAGCAGUAUUGAAGAAGACCCUUUAUCUAUGAACAUGAAAACAACAUCGCCGGUCGAUGUCUCUGGUGAGUUACACAGUGAUGCAGAUACGGUGUCCAAUGUGUCUCCCAUGACUUCGGACAUUGAUUCGCGUUUGAGCUUCGUACAGCACAACAAUGGCAGUGGAAGCGUGCUUGAGACCGCUUCUAUUAUUCACGAACAUUCAACUUUAGAGAUCGGAGAGUCGUCUUUUGAGUUUAGCGACAGCGCCAAUUCGGAAGGCUUGGUGGAUGAUGACGACGAGAAUAAUACCAUUCGCUCUUUCGGCAUGUCAGAUGAUUCAUUUUCUUCAGACGAAGUGAAAACUCCUCCACGCUACUCCAUGGAAAAUGAUGUUGCUCGUCCAGAAGUGUAUUCCGAGAAUUAUGCAAAUGAACCUGGCUUGAACGCUGUUCCUACGUCUGUUGAACCCAAUCCCUACGAUGCCAACACACCUCAUCUUUUGCUUCCAAAGGUUACACAUCUUCCCGAUCCUCGAUUUACCGAUGUCCUUUCAGCUUUGAAUUCUUUCAACCGUGGUUAUUUGAUGCGGCAAUGUUCGAAGGUUGUUCAUGCUACCAGCGGUGGCAUUGAGCGAAGCCAUGUUGUUGAGUCUGCCCUGCCUUCUCAAAAUAAUGAAAGCGUUACUCCUAAGACGCUCAGACCAACUACCUCGCGUACAGCAGCAUCGACUUCUGGUCGCCUGUUGGUGAAGCUUAUUGAACUUAAGAAUCUUACUUUGCCACUUGCAGCAGGCCAUGACACUAUGUUUAUGUGUUAUCAAAAUGGUGAAGAAGAGACUCGCAAAUGGAAGGUACUUCGUUCACACACGGCAAUUCAACGUGAGUAUUCGUUUGACCAGGUUUCCGGAUCAGUCCUUACUUGGACUUUGCGUGCAAAGUAUGAGCGUCCUGCUCCCAAGCCUCGUCCUCGUUCUACACUUGGUAAAGUUUUCUCUUCUUCUCGCCGUAAGACAGUCAUUCUGGACCCUGUUUCGCAGGCUCUUAACGGACAUGUAUCGCCUGAGGGCGUAUUCGGUACCGUUACCUUGAAUUUGGAUACCAUUCGCAAUACCGCUUUAGGCCGUUGUCAAGUUUUGCGUCUUCCCAUCAUGAACAAAUGGACUGUUAACACAACGAACCCAGAUGCCAAGCCUACUUCUCAUAAAGUUGGUGAAAUGGAAGUUCACGUCUUUUACAUUCCGGCUUUGCCAGUACCUCCUAAGGAUCUGCCAACUACGAUUUCUGCUGCUUUACAAGAUCUCAGAAUGGCCGAGUGGGAUCGUACUCUUUUGUGUGAUGGUUACCUCUCGCAACAAGGUGGAGACUGCCCUUAUUGGCGUCGUCGCUACUUUCAGUUGAUAGGUUCCAAGUUGGUUGCGUUCCAUCAGUUCUCAAAGGCUCGUCGAGCAACGAUUGAUUUGUCUGUUGCUACGCACAUCGUUGAUGACAAUCAUUAUAGUGAUGAGGAUGAACUUGAAGGAUAUCUUUUCUUGGAGACCGGUUUCCGUAUCAUUUUCAGUGAUGGUGAACACGUUGAUUUCUAUGCAGAAACAGUCGACGAAAAGGAACAAUGGAUGGCUACACUUCGUAAACAUCUUGGUCAAUGCUCCAAAGUGAGUAAGAGUUGGACAAAAGCUUUUCUUACCACGGUUGCCCAAUCGUAG